AUGAAAAAAACAAAAUAUUCAAUUUCUUCUUGGAAAAAAAAUGAACUUCAUCCCAGUAUUGCAGAUAACAAAGCCAUAGAUUGGAUUUUUAUGGUAGAUCUUUUAAACUUUUCAUUUUGGUCAGAACUUGAUAAAGAAAUUCAAAGUAACCCAAGUAGUGAAAGAUUUUCUAUUGAAUAUAACAAUAAUAGAUAUACUGGCUAUUGGUCUUUAUGUGCUGCAAUAAAUCGAGCUUUGGAGGACGAGAUUCCAAUAACAACUCCAUCAUUUUACAUGUCUGAGAAAAAGUUAACAGAUAAUGGUAUUCGGCACAUAUUUCGUUCAGCCACAAAAGAAGAGAUGCCUUUGCUUGAUGAACGUAUUCAUAGUAUUCGUGAAGCUGGCAAAGUUUUAGUUGAGAAAUUUGGUGGUAGUUUUGUCAAUUGUAUUACACGAGCCAAUAAAUCUGCAGCGAAUUUAUUAAAAAUCAUUACAGAAAACUUCAAUUCUUUUCGUGAUGAAAGCAAUUUUCAAGGGCGUAAAGUCUUCUUUUAUAAACGUGCACAAAUCUUAAUUGCUGAUAUAUGGGCUUGCUUUGAAGGAAAGGAACUUGGAGAAUUCCAUGAUAUUGAUAAAAUUACAAUAGUUCCACAGGCGCUUUACCAUUUAGGUGCAUUAUCUUAUUCGCCAAGUCUUCUUAAUCUCCUUGAAUCAUUCACACUAAUCCCUCAUGAUUCUCGUCCUGAAAUUGAAAUUAGAGAUAAUGAUGGCGAUAACGGUAGUAGUAGUAAUAGUUCUUCUUCCUCAGGUGGUAUAAAUGCAAUUAUUUUGGAUUACUUUAUAUGGGAUUUUGCUAGUCAAAAUAAACAUAAAUUAAGU